AUGGGUCUCAAGGUCUGCGCCAUUGAUUUCGGCGCCGACAAGCAGAGCUAUGCCAUAGAUACGUUGGGGUGCAAGGCCUAUGUGGACAUCAAGGGAAAGAGCUCGGAGGAAAUCGUGGCAGCAGUGAAGGCGGCUUGUGAUGGGGUUGGACCACAUGGAUCCGUGAUUCUUGCACCUGUGCCAGCAGCCUUCCGACAAGGAGUUGACAUGCUGCGGCCCAUGGGCACUGCUGUGGGCAUUUCCCUUCCGCCUGGAGACUUCCCAGUGGACAUCUUUUCCCUGAUCCUCCACAGGAAGACGGUGCGCGGAUCAAUCGUGGGCACCCGCAAGGACCUGAAUGAGUCUCUGACUAUUUGCGGGGAAGGACACGUGAAGUGCACAGUGGAGGAGAGGAAGCUUGACGACAUCAACGCCAUCUUCGAUGACAUGGUGAAGGGGAAGAUCAAGGGCCGUUGCGUGCUUCGCAUUGCUCCUGACCCCUGA